AUGGAUGAAUUGAAGCAAAGGCUAUUGUACACUAGUCUUGAACUGGAACAGUUGAGGAUUGAAGCGUGUGAGGAAACAAGAAAGAGCAGUGAGUAUGUGAAGCAACUGAUUCAUCUUGUGAAGAUAGCUUGCAGGGAAAGAGAUGAAGCUAGAGAUCAGCUUCAGAAGCUCAUGUUCAUGAAUGUGAAUUAUUCCAUAACCGCCAAUAAUAAUUCAUGCAAUAAUAAUAUUACAGAAUCAAACAGUUUCUCCGAAACCUUAAAUAAUCACCACUCUCACGGUUCUUCCCCGCCGGCGCCGGCGCCUGAGUCCUUCUUGAAAGUGGGUCCCUCCACAGAGCUCUUGAAUGCCGAUUAUAAUGUAAAAAUUGAGAGUCUUGUGAAGGGAAAGCCUUUGCCGGAGAAAGGGAAAUUUCUGCAGGCCGUUCUUGAAGCGCCGCCGCUGCUCCAGACGCUUAUUGUGGCGGCGCCGCUCCCUCGGUGGCGCAAUCCGCCGCAGCUUAAACCGUUCCACAUCCCACCGGUUUCCAUCAGAGCCGCCAAUAAAGCUGAGAUUUCAGUUCAGGGUAUAUCAGUCACUUCACACCCACACCCAUACUUUGAGAUGUCGAAUACUAUGUUAAAUAAUAAUAAUGUCGGAAAUUUUCCUUCGGCAACUCUUCUUGGUAGUCAGAUGAUGAUAUCUGCAGGUAAUUAUGGGCAUCCAGGGAAGCGCCAAAGAUUCCUGUGA